AUGGAAAAGAUAGAAAAAUUACUGCCAAAAGAUAUUUAUUGGAGAAGAGCAGUUGCUGUGCCUGUUGUGUUACUCGGGGCUCAUUUAAUCAAUCAAACUAGCAAAUAUUUUUAUUGGCAUUAUAGAAACAGAUAGCUCUAAGCCUCUGUUAAGACAAUAGUUGACUAAAAAAAUAACUCAAGAUUUGAGUUUAUCAAGGUUGAAAAUGAGAAUGAGUUAAUUGAGCUUGACGUCACAUAAUUAAGAGAAAAAUUACUUAAAGGUGAAAUUACCAGCGUGUAAUUAGUCCAUAUGUUUGCAAAUCGAUGUUAUACAAUUGCAAGAAGACUUAAUCUUAGUGCUGAGGAGUGUUUUGAUGAGGCAAUUGAAGAAGCAAGAUAAAGAGAUCAUGAAAGAUAGGAAGCUUAGAAGCAUGGCACUGCGCAUUAACUUCCAAUCCUUCAUGGUAUUCCUAUUGAUAUCAAGGAUAUGUUCUAGUAAAAAGGUAAGAGAGUAACUAUUGCUUGUCAAUUCAUGACUGAUAAAAUAUAUGAUGAAGAUGGUAUAAUUGUCCAAUUACUAAGAUAAUAAGGUGCAAUCAUUGUUGUAAGAGGUAAUACUCCCCAGGCUGCCUCAUUCUAUCAUACUGAUAAUAGAGUCUGGGGUCUCGCUAAGAAUCCAUAUGAUGAAUCAAGAUCCGUCGGAGGUUCAUCUGGAGGAGAUGCUGGCUUGAUAGCAGCUAGAUGUGCACCAUUGGCAUUUGGAACUGAUCUAGGAGGAAGUCUGAGAGUGCCAGCACACUUCAAUGGAGUAGCUUGUCUAAAGCCAACUUGCUGGAGAGUUCCAAGCCAAGGUUAUAUUAGUUGCUUUAAAGACAAUUUUUCAAACUUUACUCAAAUCACUCCUUGUAUUGGCCCAAUAGGCAAAACAGUCAAUGAUAUUAUUGUUGGUUUCAAGGCUCUAAUUGGUCCAGAAAUUAGCAAGAUUGAUUACUUUACUCCACCAACUACUUUUAGACAAGAAAAUUUUGAAAGAGCUCUUAAUGGAAAAGUCAAAGUUGGGUAUUGCUUUAGUUUAUCUACUGUUGAAGCGACUUUAUCAAUGUAAAGAGGAAUUAGAAUAGCUAAAAAAGCUUUAGAAGAGAAGGGCUUUGAGCUAGUACCAUUCGUUUUCACUGCUGAAGAAUUAAAAGAUGCUCAUGAAAUCUCUCUAGGACUUCUCUACCAUUCAUUAAUUGUUAAUAACUAUAAUAGAAUGAUUGAAAAUUAUGAACAGCCUCUUUAAAACUUAACAGAUGGUCACAACUUUUGGAAGAUGAAUUCUUUUUUCAAAUUUAUUCUCUUGAAAAUAUUUGAAAUCAAUGGUGAAAAGAGAUUAGCAGACAAAUUUAGACCAUUAAGACGACUUAAUAGUGCCUAAUUGGAUCAGCUUUUGAUAAGAUAGAGAGCAUUCUUCGACCAUAUGUAAAAUAAAUGGAACUCUCUAGGUAUUGAAGCUUUAAUAAUGCCUACAUACCCUACUGUUUCUUUCAAGCAUGAAAAUCAUGAUGCAGUCGGUGGUUUUGGUGAGUAUAUGAGUGCAUUCACUAUCACUUUAUAUCCUUCAGGUAUUGUUCCAGUGACAGAGGUUUAAGAAGGAGAGGAUGAGACCUAUGAUGAUAAUGUAAAUGAUUCAAUUACCAAGAAUAUGAGAAAAGAUAUUAAAGGAUCAAAAGGAAUGCCAGUAACUGUAAAAGUUGUUGGACAACUGUGGGAGGAUGAAACGGUACUUGGUGUGAUGAAAGCUAUUGAAGAUUCACUUAAUUUCAAGAUUAAACCAAAAAAUCUUUGA